GGAGCUUGAAGACGCCACCCCAGGAUUGGCCGGGAGCGGGGAAGGGCGGGGCCUGCCCCAGGGCGAGGGAAUUGAGACUGGCCCAGCUAGCCAGAACUGCCACCGGAGCCGCCACCGGAGCCGCUACCGCAACCGCCGCUGCCCCCAGAAAGUCUGAACAGGAAGAUUCCUGGCCUAAGUUUCCAGUGGUCUUGUUGAAGGAUUAUUUGCCUUGAAGCAGCAGAGAAUGUAAUUGGAAACAGGGAAGGGAAAGAAGUACCCACAGGCACAGAAUUUAGAACUGAGAAGGGUUCAGAGGAUUGUUGUGGGGAUCAAAUGAGAUGGUGGAGGUGCUUUGCAAGUAAUAGGCCCCUCCCAGCCCCAGUGAUCUGUUAUUCCAGACUGUAAGCAGAACAGCCUUCCAGAGGAUAAGGGAGACCCUCCCUCCCUCUGUGACAGCAUCCUGGGGCCAUGUCGGAGCGAGAGGAGCGGCGCUUUGUGGAGAUCCCCAGGGAGUCAGUCCGGCUCAUGGCUGAAAGUGCUGGGCUGGAACUGAGUGAUGAGGUAGCUGCACUUCUGGCUGAGGAUGUCUGUUACCGGCUCAGGGAGGCCACCCAGAACAGCUCCCAGUUCAUGAAACAUACCAAACGUCGCAAGUUGACAGUAGAGGACUUCAACCGGGCCCUGCGCUGGAGCAAUGUGGAGGCAGUGUGUGGCUAUGGCUCCCAGGAGACCCUGCCCCUGCGCCCAGCAAGGGAGGGUGAUCUCUACUUCCCUGAAGACCGAGAGGUGAACUUGGUGGAACUGGCGCUGGCCACCAACAUUCCCAAAGGGUGCCCUGAGACAGCUGUGAGAGUUCAUGUUUCUUAUCUGGAUGGUAAAGGAAACGUGGAGCCUCAAGGGUCAGUGCCCAGUGCCGUUUCCUCACUGACGGAUGACCUCCUCAAGUACUAUCAGCAAGUGACACGGGCCGUGCUGGGGGAUGAUCCACAGCUCAUGAAGGUGGCCCUCCAGGAUCUGCAGACAAACUCCAAGAUCGCAGCCCUGCUGCCCUACUUUGUGUAUGUCGUCAGUGGGGUGAAGUCUGUGAGCCACGACCUAGAGCAACUGCACCGGCUGCUGCAGGUGGCCCGGAGCCUCCUGCGGAAUCCGCACCUGUGCCUGGGGCCUUACGUGCGCUCCCUGGUGGGCAGCGUCCUCUACUGUGUCCUCGAGCCGCUGGCUGCCUCCAUCAACCCCCUGAAUGACCACUGGACGCUGCGGGACGGCGCUGCCCUCCUGCUCAGCCACAUCUUUUGGACCCACGGGGACCUGGUGAACGGCCUGUCCCAGCAGAUCCUGCUGUCGCUGCAGAAGGUGCUGGCGGACCCCGUGAGGCCGCUGUGCUCCCACUACGGGGCUGUGGUGGGGCUGCACGCCCUGGGCUGGAAGGCUGUGGAGCAGGUGCUGUACCCCCACCUGUCCACCUACUGGGCCAACCUGCAGGCCGUGCUGGACGAUUACUCGGUGUCCAACGCCCAGGUGAAGGCGGACGGCCACAAAGUGUACGGGGCCAUCCUGGUGGCUGUGGAGCGGCUCCUCAAGAUGAAGGCGCAGGCAGUGGAGCCCAGCCGGCGCACUCGGCGCCCUGAGGACCUGCCCUGGACCGGCCUCCUCCUGCACGAGUCGCCUCCUGGGGGGUCCGGGGAGCCGGGCUUUGGGCCGGGGGCGCCUCUGGCUCCGGGAACCCCGGGGCUGGGGAGCCCGGCCUCUCCCGUCUCCCUCGGGGACACCUAUCGGGAGCUCUAUGCCUUCUUUGGAGACAGCCUGGCCACCCGUUUCGGAACGGGACAGUCGGCCCCGACGGCUGCCCGGCCCCCCGGGGCCAAGAAGGAGCCCGCGGCCGUGGCUGACGCUGUGCGAAAGAUGCCUCAGCUGACGGCCAAUGCCACGGUCAGCCCCCGGGACGAGGAGAGCCCCCGCGGGGCGAACCCGGGCGGCCCGGCCUCUGCCCCGGCCGCCGCGCCCGAGAGCCGGCCCCUGCCUCGAGUGCACCGGCCCCGGGGAGCGCCGCGGCAGCAGGGCCUGUGUGCUGGAGCCCGGGAUGUCUUUCAGAAAAGCCGUUUCGCCCCUCGGGGCGCCCCGCACUUCCGCUUUAUCAUCGCCGGGAGGCAGGCGGGCCGACGGUGCCGGGGCCGGCUGUUCCAAACAGCCUUCCCGCCACCGCAGGGCCCCAGUCCAGCCUCCCGCUACGCCCAGAAGCUGCCCAUGAUCGGCCGCACGGCAAGACCCGCCCGCCGUUGGCUUCUCUCGGACUACUCACUCUACCUCCCGCUGUAAGGGGGCGGGACCGGGCAGCGUCCUCGGGGGUUCCCACUAUUCGCUCCAUCUGCUGCUGGGAGAGCGUGCCUACCCUAGGCCACGCCCCCUUGGGGCCCCUCCUCCGCAGAUUACUACGAAUGCUGCCUCCCUCCAAGAGGGGGCGGGGUGGGGCGGCGCCCUCGGAGGCCCCGCCUCUCGCUCUUGCUCCUCUCCAACUUCGCUGAUUAACUCGGUUAGCAGAACCGGCCGCGCCAGGUCUCGCAGUGGGUCCUUUUGGCCCGAGACUGCUGGUGCCGCCCAUCCAGGAGGUGGGCCAGGCCUCGAGGCCGAGGAUAGGGAAGUGGCGGAGCGAUCCCGAGGGGGCGGGACGUUUAUAAAUAAAUGUUUACCUGAA